CCGUUUAAAACGUAUGACCUACCCGGGUAGGUGAUGGCAGAAGUAAAGGGGUAGUUUUGGUUAUAGAAAUGAAGGUUAAAACGAAGUGCAAACAACAAUCAUUCCAAGCCAAUUUCAUUACAGAACAGCUACAGUAUCGGACAUUAAGAUAGGACCCUUUUUUUUUCAAUGCACCGUGCACUUGUUUUGCCACGUUACUCGUGUUUGUGUGUGUGUAUGUGUGUGUAUGUGUGUGAGUGUGUGUGUGUGUGUGUGUGUGUGUGUGUGUGUGUGUUUGUGUGUGUGUGUGUGUGUUUGUGUGUGUGUGUGUGUGUGUAGUAGUAGAAAGUGAGUGUGCUUUUUAAUGUGUAUUUGCAAGUGCGCGGGUUUGUGUCUGAAAAACAUAGCUUGCCAUGAUGUCAUAUUGCGUUGAAAUUAUUCUUAUUAUGUGUGUUAUCAUGUGAAACAUUGUGCGUUUACACUUGGAUAAAAACUAAAGUUUGCAUCGACAGCAGCCCUUGUUCCUCGGACGAAAACGCAGGUGUGCUGUUUCAUGAAUGUGAAUGCGACACCGGUGCGAAAUGGACACACGCACAAUAGCAAUGAACUCGGCAUUCUCUCACAGGUGUUUCUCCAGUGCACGCCAUUGAAAGGCCUUCGUGCAUCUCUGCGUUGCACGUUGUGUGCGAAUGGUAAACUUUGUGCGUGCAUUGAGCUGGCGCGCAGUUGUUCUUUUCAAUGGGCGUUUUGUUUCAUGAGCGCGGCAGUAUUCUGUUCUCGAUUUUGAAGGGAAGACGCUUACUCGCGUACUCGUUGAUAGUUUUUAUCCAUGCGAUGUUUUCGCUGCUCGACAACGAUGUAAUUCAUCGCGUAUAGAAGUAGAACGCAGGCAGAGCACGGGAUCAGCCGUGUCCAAGUUUUUAACCAGCGCGUUCUUGACGGUCCAAGCAAGCAAUGUUAGUAACAAUGGGUCGAGGUAAACGUUGUACCGAUUAUCAGCGCCAUAUGUAAAAGCGAAUGGCUGCUGCUGGCAUUAAUCGCAAAAGGAUCGAGUUCGUAAUGCAACGAUCGCGCACUUUUGUGGCAAACGCGCUUCGGACAACCGAAACGUGCUUAGACAACUGAAACGCGCUUGGACAACCGAAACGCGCAAGUCAACCGGUCGUCCUCAGAAGACCACGGCGAAAGAAGACCGUAACAUUGUUAAUAUAUCGAAAACACACUGAUCGCGAGGGCGGUGGUCCUGCUUAUCACACCAAAAACCUAACCCAAAACACAAAAAAGCUACUUACAAAUCUAUCCGAAACGACCUACUUGUGAAGCAAACACACACAUCAAUACACAUUCAAACAUACAUCCACACACACACACACACAUGCACACACACAUACACACACACACAUACACACACAUACACACACACACACACAAACACAAACACAUACAAACCACACAUAAACUUGGCCCAACGGGUGCACGGUGCGUAAAAACCCAAUGCCCUAUCUUUCUGUCCGAUACUGUAUCUGUUCCGCGAAAUAAAACUUAACGAUCAAUUUAAAUCGCCACACUACCACCGCUCUAUAUACCUUGGCACGUGCUGUGCUGUCAUGCGCCCGUAGACGCGCUUGGAUUUGUUUUCGUUUUAGAAUACAUUCUAUCCUCCACAGUUUAUUGUGCUUUACCACUCGUAAUGUUACUUUUCUUGUGAAAUUAGUAAAAUUACACCGGCUGUGAACGAAUUACACUCAUUACAGCUAUGCCAAAUACCCUCAAAUCCAAUGCCAUCGUGUGGCACCACUUCAGCAAAGAUCCGCAGGAGAAACGGGGCAAAUGUUUGCACUGCGGCCAGCUGAUAAGUUACGAAAAGUCGACCCUAUCGAACCUGCGCCGACAUUUGUAUCGGAAGCAUGAGGAAGUGUUACGACAAGAGCGCGAUACGGAUACGUUCGAGAGCGUACCGGUACACUAUGUGUGGGAACACUUUAUCAAGCAGCCGGAGGAAAAGGCCAAAUGCGUUUACUGCUACUCCGUGCUGGGCUGCCCGAAGAACGUGGUGGGCAAUCUAAUACGCCACCUAAAGUCGCGCCAUCCCUCGCUGGUGCUGGAGCAGGAACGCGGGCAGGAGGCGCUGUUUGAAGUAGUGUCCCGCACCCAAUACCAUGCCGAAUCGAUCGAGGAUUCGUUAGGCACCAGCACUUCGCUGCAAGAGCUGGAGCUCGAACUGGAUGCUGAUCUCUUCUCGGCCGAGGUGCACCAGAUCGAUGGGACCAAUCUGCCUUCAUCGGUUAAGAUUGAGCUCGUGCAUCCAGAUACCGAAUCCUGUCCCGAUGACGCAGAUCAGGAAGUGAUCGAGGAGGAGAUUAUAAACGAAUCACAGCAGGAUGUGGAGAUCAAUUGUGAGGAAAUGGACGCUUCCAGCCAGUAUGAGGAGCAUGUUCACCACACAGAGGAAACGUUUUCCUCGCAGACGAUGGAAGAAUCGAUCGUACGCACCAGCACGUUGCAAGGGGAAAGCAAGGAGCUGGAGCUUAACGAAUCCCCGCGGCGGCAGGACAACUUCUUCUCCAUCGGUAUGAAAGACAUCAGCAUGAAGACGGCCAUCUACGCCACGAACGUUGCCAUGGAGCUGGAGUGUUUGCCGCUGCGGCAGCGGAUCUUUGCGCAAAAGCUCAUCGCGGAUGUGAUGUUUCACGCCAAGCUGGACAACCUGACGGAGUACGCGAUGAUACUGGGGAAGGUCAAUCGGCCGUUCGACGUUUAACAGGGCGUGUAGUGUAGUGACAAUCUCUUUUAAGUCAUAUUUUACAUAGUCUAUUUAGUUUGUACAUAUUAAAUUAUAAAACAAAGUUAUUUUAAUAGAAAAAAUCGCUCAUUCGCGUUCGAACGUUCCAACGCGCACGAUCACCAGCGA